AUGACCACCAUGGAUGAAGAGGAUCUGAGCGAGUAUUUCCGCAUACAAUAUGGACAGAAGUUGCUGAAAUUGUUGAUGAAAUUCCCAGUAUCAGAGGAGGAAUCCCCAUCUCCCUCCAUUCGGCUCCUGGAGAAGAAGAAAGAAGCCAAACUGGUGCAUCAGGCCAUGGAGGCCCAAAAGGAGGCAUUCAAGACAAGGAUGGAAGCCCUGAACAAUCGUUGGGAGGAACUUGGUGCAAAGGAGAUCCAGUUGAAAGCAUACAUUCGGAAAUUUGAGCAAUUCAUACAGGAGAAUGACCAAAAACGGAUCAGAGCCCUAAAGAAAGCCAACAAGGAGCGGGAACUGAAGAAGCAGCGGGUGAAAGAGCUGGCCAAGGCCAAACUGGAAAUGGCAGCCCUGAAGCAGCAGCAUCAGAAACUCUACAACAAGCUACAGCAAUACUCCAUCUUCAACAAGUACCUGGAGAAGGUGGUUGAAGUCUCGGAGUUUGAGGAGAUCCGGGAGGUCAUUGGACGCUACAAAACACUAGUAGGGAUGCACCGGGACCUCGUGCAGUCGGCACAGGAAGGGCUGGAGAUGAUUGAGCAAGCUAAAGUCCGCCUGGCCCGCUACAAGGAGGAAAAAGACGAUGAGAUCCUGCAGCACAACAAUGAGCUGGCACGCCUGCAGCUGCGUUUUGACCAUGCCCGCAGUGAUGUCAUUGUCUGGGAGUCACAAUGGGCCCAUAUCCAGAAUACUGCUGCUAAAAAAACCUUAAUGCUGGGUACCAUCAAGAUGGCCACACUGAAUCUCUUCCAGGGCGUACGCAAGCAGAUGAAGGAGGCCUUAAUGGUGCCUUUGGAGGACACCCACAGGCAGCUGGAUAUGAUCCAGCAGUUUAUCCAGGACCUGUCAGAUAUCUGGGCAGAAGUGAAGAAGAAAGAUCAAAACAGAUCACAAACAGGAGUGUCCAAGGACAUGUAGUAGGAGAAACAAUCGAAUGCUUCUCACUUCUCCCCUCUCAGCUAAUCCCCUCUGUUGUGCUUUGCUUUUAUUUUGUGUAAGUGAAUGCCCCAUCACUGCACAUUAAUCGAUGCUC